AUGGAAGAAAGAAUUUUGUUUGAUGAUAAAGUCAUCAAAUUAUUAUUUACAUCAUUAGAUUUAGUCAUCAAAUUAUUAUUUACAUCCUUGGAUUCAGUCAUCAAAUUAUUUACAUCCUUGGAUUCAGUCAUCAAAUUAUUUACAUCAUUGGAUUCAGUCAUCAAAUUAUUUACAUCAUUAGAUUUAGUCAUCAAAUUAUCAUUUACAUCCUUGGAUUCAGUAUUCAAAUUAUUUUCAUCAUUGGAUUCAGUCAUCAAAUUAUUUACAUCAUUGGAUUUAGUCAUCAAAUUAUUAUUUACAUCCUUGAAUUCAGUACUCAAAUUAUUUACAUCCUUGGAUUCAGUCAUCAAAUUAUUUACAUCAUUGGAUAUAGUCAUCAAAUUAUUUACAUCCUUGGAUUCAGUCAUCAGAUUAUUUACAUCCUUGGAUUCAGUCAUCAAAUUAUUUACAUCAUUAGAUUUAGUCAUCAAAUUAUUAUUUACAUCCUUGGAUUCAGUACUCAAAUUAUUUACAUCCUUGGAUUCAGUCAUCAAAUUAUUUACAUCAUUGGAUAUAGUCACCAAAUUAUUUACAUCAUUGGAUUCAGUCAUCAAAUUAUUUACAUCAUUGGAUUCAGUCAUCAAAUUAUUUACAUCAUUGGAUAUAGUCAUCAAAUUAUUUCUCAAAUGA